AUGGUUCAACUCAACCGCCAUCGCACAACCACGGCCCAGCCGAAACCCAGAUACGGCCAUCUAUCCCAGAUUGAUCCUGUAUUCGCAAACCUCAAAGACGCUCUCGACAAGAGAUUCUCCGAGUUGUGGUCGCUGUCGCUGGACGAUUUGAAGACGGCGUACCGAAAUGCUCCUCCGGCGCUCCCAGAAGACGUCCCUGUAACGGGAAAGGACUACCAAGUCUCAGAUCGAGAGAUGUCGACCAGAGACGGCGCAAAGAUCGGCUUGCGGAUCUACAGGCCAAUGCAGAGCAGGGCAGGGGCCGUGUUGGUUUUGAAAGCGCACGGCGGGGGUUGGGUCCUGGGGAACCACCAGGUCGAAGAGGUCGAGAACCGCAUGUUGGCCGCUGAACAUGGCGGCGGGGCUGUGGUCGUCAGUGUCGACUAUCGCAUGGCCCCGGAGUACAAGUUCCCCUACGCGGUCAACGACUGUUUUGACGCCUUGAAAUGGGCAACGCACAAGUGCAAAGCCAAUGCCUCUGACUUGGGGAUCGAUCCAGGAUCAAUCAUCGUCGCAGGGGGAAGUGCCGGAGGGAACAUCGCAGCUGUCCUCGCGCUCAUGGCACGCGAUCAAAACGAGCCUGGCAUCAUCGGCCAGGUGUUGAACAUCCCCGUCACCUGCCACCCCGACCUUUUCCCCCGAGACAAAUACGAGUAUGGCAGCUACGAACAAAACGACAGUGCCAGCGUCGUCGACGCGCCCAAGAUGCACUGGUUCUGGGAACAGUACAUGCCCGAGGUCGUCCCAGAUGUGUAUGCCAGCCCACUCUUGUCCAAAAGUCACGCUGGACUCCCACCCGCUCUGAUCCAAGUAGCUGGCCUCGAUCCUCUCCGGGACGAAGGCCUCGCUUACGCGGAAGCACUCGAGCAUGCUGGUGUGCCAGUCACUCUGAAAGUGUAUCCUGGAUUGCCGCAUGGCUUUUACCUCGUUCCGACCCUGGAACAGACGCGAGAGUAUUGGAAAAGCACGGUAGACUUUGUCAAGCAUCUCAGCGCAUCCGCCAGGAUCUAA